AGCGCGACAUUAUUCAUGUCUUAAUAUAUAUAAUGUUAAUAUUUUAAUUAUUCUCUCAAUUGGUAUUAUUCUACAUAAUGUUAAUAAAGGUUUUGAAUAAAUAUAUUUAAUAAAGCAAAAGUUUGCUAGUUUUAUGCAACCCUGCUCCAUGUUCAAAUGUUCAUCGUUUUUGUGUGGAACACAUUAUGGUUAACGUCGUUUCUAGCGUAGGCACGACAAAUGCAGUUCGUGUGGUGCGGUGCGUUAAAUGCGGGUAGAUCACAAAUCCAAACAUUUGUUUGCGAAUGUUGAUGCCAGAAUGUAAGCACGAUAUUGCGAUAAGGCGUGUAUUUCGACGUCAUCGCAUCGCACGAAAACUCGUUUGAUUUGAAAAUGGAAAUUCUAAUUUCGGAAAUUAAAAAGAGAGGUGUUCUGUGGAAUAGAAGCCAUUGUGGUUACAAAGACAGGCGAAGUGCUGAAAAAGAAUGGAGCGAAGUUGCAAAAAAAGUUGGAAUUCCAAAAGAGGAUGCUAAAAAGAAGUGGCGAAAUUUGCGAGACCAGUUCAGUAAAGAAUUGAAGAAGGUUCCCAAAUUGAAAUCAGAGGCUUCACAAAACCAAUCAGCAAUAUAUACUGGAAAAUGGCGGUAUUUCAAAAGCCUGCUUUUUCUUAAAGAUGCCCUGACCCCAAGAGAAACAUAUGGAAAUUUGUCGAUGUUGUUGGAAGAUUCAACUACUGCAACUGAAGCAGAUAAAGAAGUGUCAAAUGACGAAGCAAACGAUAUCGGACUAACCAUCGCUGAAAUACAAUCUUGCACCAAGUUUUCGCCUGUUCGUCCAAAGAGAAAAAGAAUUCACCAAGAUGUAAAUGACGUGGAGGCUAAACUUCUAGAUAUUAAAACCAAAAAGCAUGCUUUGUUCGAAGCAGUAGAAGACGAAAAUUCACUUUUUUUGAGGUCACUGCAUCCAUUUAUGAAAAAAUUAGAUCCGAUUCGACAGCUUCGGUUGCAUAAAAUCACCUACCAACAAUCCAUGAAGAUGUUUCUCCAUUUGGUAUUGUCGUUCGUUUGAAAGGUUCCAAACCUGUAUAAAAACCCGUAAUGUAAACAAAUAACCACAGCAUUGACGCUAUGUUCAAAAAAAAGAUGUUCCAUUUUUUACUGGUCUCACCAUCUGGAUUUGAGUUCCAUCAACAGCACCUAUUAUUCCUAGUAAUCGAAAUUUUGAAUACAAAUAAUUUUUAACAUCACUCUUUUCUUGUGAGUUCUUUCAAUUCUUUUGAAUUUCGGACACAAUAUUUUUUCAAUAGCAUUCAACACUUCUGCAAUACAUUUGAAAUUGAGUAUUCUUGAAUAUAUUUACUAUACAAUGACCUCCGAAUUUUUCGAUUGGUUGAAAAUUGUCCAUUUGGCAUUAAAAAAACGACAAUUUUUUACCUAUAAAAACACAUUUUUUCAGAACAACGCCAUUUUGAAUUUUUGAUAUUUUUCCAAAAUUGUUGGUCAUUGUAUAGAAAAUCCCAUAAACUUUAAUAACGUUUUUAUUUUUUUGCUUCAGCUACUCAUUCGGCCAGAAUCAUAUCAGCAUUUGGGGAACUUUUUUUUUGACACCCUCGAAGGCAGCACAUACUCCGUUAUUUUUCAAUAAUUGUAUAAAAAACCUUAAAAUAUAGCUGAAAAUAUACC